UGGAAAUGACUCAACUACAGGCGGCCGGAGUGCUACUGCCCCUGCUGGCGGUCGCUGUGGGCGCCGGGAACUUCGAGUCCUUCGGCGACUUUGGCGGCGAGCGCGGCAUGACGCUCAUCCCGGACGUCGGCGCGCAGUUCGACUCGUCGGGCGCCUUCCGAGGGCGACAGCAGGCAGUUUCAGGUGUGGAUGACCUGGGUGCCUCAGUGUUCCCGCCCCCUGCAGCCGCAGCCCCUGUGCGACGACCAGUCGUCCAAGCGCCAGCUCCCAGACCGCUGCCUGUCGCCUACGCCGCUGCUCCGGUAGCAGUACAGUACUAUCCUGUCCCUCAGGCUGUGGCGCCUCAGCAGCCGCCGCUGGCGGCGGUGGCUGCCCCCGCCGUCUUCCGCAGCGCCGCAGCCGCCCCCCGUCCCCAGGCCGGCCCCCGCGGCCCGGCCCCCAUCUUUGAAGCUCAGCCAGCAGCUGCCUACCGCGGACACGCCGUACCAGUGCCUGCUACAGCACCAGGCGUCACAUCCUACCAGGUGCAGCAUGACCGGCCUCUGGUGUCGCCCCCGCGGGCCCGCCUCUCUGGAGCCUACGCCCCCGUUGCCGCCGCCGCCCCCACACGGGGCCUGGUGUCCCGGGCACCUGCCCACACGGCCAGCAGCGGCCGCGCGCGCUACGACAACGAAGACAUCCAAGGCUUCGACUUCGGCGGACAGGGAUUCGGUUUCGGCGCGGACCACAGCUUCUGAGGACUCUGUAUUGUGUUAGCACUAGGCGCCAAAGGACCAUGACGAACCUUCCGUAUCAGACCGUAUUAUUACUCAUUCUAAUUAACAAGGAAGUUGAACACACUGUAGCAUAUCAAAUCUAUCAGCUCCAUGUAAAUGGCAGCUGUUUUAUGAAAAGUUAAAACUUGUUCUGGAUCAGGACUCAAACGCAGGAGCCUGUAUCUCAAUGUCAGAGUGCUCAUUCGUUUAAGUACCACGAAAAUACGAGGGCAUCGUACUGACUGACGCCUCGCUGCAAGUUCUCACUUAACCUUCUGCAAUCCUUCCAUAUCCCAGUUACUGCAAGAGGAACGUGAAGUUAACUGACAAAAAUUUCGGAGUAUUUCGGUUUAAGCGACCAGUGGACAGCUGUCCCUCUUUACAGAGGAAUAAAUUCAUUAAUUGUGAUGUAUUAGGUUUGUUACCCCGAAUUACCCUUGUUUUGGUGAAAAUACCUUCACAAUAGUGAAAGUGCCUUUUGUAUACAAUCAACAAUACGUACAACUUAAACCGCAGAUUAGUGAAACAAUCGUCGGACAAUGAAAAAGUACUGUGAUGCGGUUGCCAUCAGUGAACAUAUACGCGAGUCUCAUACUCUUCAACAGUUAACCUCCUACGAUGUAUCACUGUUAGCGUACAAGUAACAAGGCCGCUAACCCAUACCUGAGACGUAAUCGAGCAGUACUGAAGGGAGGUAUCAGAGCGAAGAUUAAAGUGGUCAUAACUGUUAUCAACAGAAAGUACCGUGAGUGAAAGCAAUACAUUUGUUUACAGGCAGGAUAAACAGCGCAUACCGUCGACUGCACAGUUGUGCUGGUACUGACAGUGUACUACACAUAAAUAGAUGAAAUGUGGUAAGAAAUCGAAGGAAAUGCAAUUGUGUAACAAGCCAUCGGUAACAAUAUACAAAAAUAUUCACACCAACUUCUACAUUUUCUUCAUUGGAGUUAGGCUUCACCCUUUACAAUUUACUACUGUACAGCACCUCCUACGCAUCCUUUCAAAGAGAUAGCUGUAUAGUAAGAUAUCUGAAUUAAAAAAGAAGGCCUUAUGGACAGCAACUAAUACUCCAGUGAAGUACAAUUGAAAGGUCGUUGUUAGCUGAAUCUUAUACAUUAAUGGGGAAACGCUGGGUACAGUUUUUAGCUCACUGUAACCCAGAGAGUUUUCAGCUGACGCUAAAGAGUGACAGAUGCAGGGUGUGAGACGUAGUGAGACAGACAAAUAUCACAUUCUGUCUGUAAUGAAACGGGGAAAAUGGCUCUAAAGUCGUCUUUUCAAAGGUAACGAAGAUGCGCAAUCUUUUCCGGCUCUUCACGAUAAUGGAUGUUUACAGGUUCCAUACACAAAUCAUACCUAGCCUACUUCAUUCUUUGAAGUUCAUGUCAGUUGGUUGCAGCUCUAUCCCAAUAUCCAAACGAGGCACUCCUGGUCGUUAAAUUGAGAGCAGUGUGAACUGUUCGUGGUAGGCAGAGAACGCCGCUAUUAAGAUAACUCUGUGAAUUGUUACGUUCGUAGUGACGAAAACAUUAUUACUAUGGCAACACAGUGCGAUGACAGAACCGUAAUGAUUUGUUCAACCUAUCGCACUUCUAGUCACAAAGAAUCAACUCACGUCUAACAGCUAUUGAAGUCAAGGGGCACCUGUUCGAACAAGGUUCGGGAAUCACAGCCCUCGGAUAGCUUAGCUGGAAUAGCAUUCUGAGUUUAUGUCCUGAUCCAGUACGUGGUUUUACUCUGGCAAGAAUUUGAACUGGCUCUUACUAUCGAAGUUUAUUCUAGCAUUCAUUUUUAAUUUAAUUUCUGUGUAAGAAAACUAUUACCUUCGCGGCAUGUUUCUAGGUUAGAGUUUCUCAUUCAGAACAUGAAUCCCAAUUACGUAACCGUUGUUAUCUCCUUUGUCCAGAUGGUGUUAUGUAUGUUUCUUCACCACUCUGACAAAACGAGUGGGUCCAACAGUAACUUACAGAUUCUCUUUUGUUUCUGUUAUUCUGAUUCUAACUUUUCCGUUGACCUGUUUUUGUAUUCAUUAGUUAUAGUUUUUUUAAUAAAAUAUUGUGUCACUCAAA